CCGCGUGUAACGCAUGUUUGUCUGUUUGGCGAGCUCGGUGAUCUCACCGGUAGUGAUUUAUCUCGUUCGUUCUUCGCUACUAAAGGGCCCAUGAAGUAAAAGCCGUUGUAUUCCGUCGUCCUCCGCAGUGAUCAGUGAUGGAACGCCUCAUCGCCGGCCCUUCGUUCAAGGUUAGGGUUCCGAUUUCUAUCUCUCCAGCCGUCAAUCGCGCGCACUGUCUCUCUCUCAGGCGCGGGUUUAUGGAGCUUGCCAUCCCUGGCGGGCGGACACCGGUUCCUCUCCGCUGCGUGAAGUGGGAUGAGGGGAAUACUUAUGAACAAGCUACAUUGACUUAUCAGAGUGAAGAAUUUAUAAAUGCUGUUGAAGUUAGAGAAUGGGAAUGUGGAAAAUCAUUAAAUGAUAUAGCAGCAAAGCAGGGAAUCACAAUUAGAAGAAACUACCAUUCUGGAUAUGGUUCUAAGGGUACAACGAUUGAGAAAGAGCCUCCCCGUAAUAUUUUGGAACAAAUUAUAUGGGACAAGGAGGUCGAAGUUGCACAGUAUAAAGAAGCAAUACCUUUGGAAACAUUAAAGAAAAAUAUGGAGAAUGCUCCUCCUGCUAGAGAUUUUUUUGGAGCUUUACGAGAAUCUUAUUUGCGGACUGGGCUUCCUGCACUUAUAGCCGAGGUUAAAAAGGCUUCACCAAGUAAAGGUGUCCUACGUGAAGAUUUUGAUCCAGUUGAAAUAGCUAAAGCUUAUGAGAAAAAUGGAGCAGCAUGCCUAAGCAUUUUGACAGAUAAAAAGUAUUUUCAGGGAGGUUUUGAAAAUCUUGAAGCUGUACGUAAAGCUGGAGUUCAGUGCCCUCUUCUGUGCAAAGAAUUUGUCAUUGAUUCCUGGCAAAUUUACUAUGCUCGUUCCAAAGGGGCAGAUGCAAUUCUUUUGAUUGCUGCGGUGCUACCUGAUGUUGAUAUCAAGUACAUGACGCUGAUUUGCAGGGAACUUGGCUUAACAGUAAUUGUUGAGGUGCAUAAUGAAAGAGAAUUGGAUCGUGUUUUAAAAAUAGAUGGAAUUCAACUCAUUGGAAUCAAUAACCGCAACCUUGAAACAUUUGAGGUUGAUAUUUCAAACACAAAAAAACUUUUGGAGGGAGAGCGUGGUCAACUUGUCCGACAAAAAGGCAUAAAAGUUGUUGGAGAGUCUGGGUUAUUUACUCCUCUGGAUAUUUCAUAUGUUCAUGAUGCUGGGGUUCGAGUGGUGCUGGUGGGAGAAUCUCUCAUUAAGCAGGCUGAUCCUGGCAAGGCAAUCGCAGGACUAUUCGGAAAAGAUAUAUCGAAAUAAAACUUCACAACUGCAACGAUAGCUUUAAUUUCUCAUGUAAUACAAUCCCUAAACAUAGACUCCAAGGGUGUAUUUGGUUUAAGAUUAUGAGAAUUAAAAUAUAAUGUUGUUUAAUUCAAACUAAGUAAUAUAAUAAAAAUUUAUUUGUUUAAAAAA